GCGCCUGCUAAGUGUAGUUUAACACCUCCACAAAAUCAGGAAAAGCGUACUUACGUCAUGCUCACCUUCUUUUAAUCACCACAAUGAAAUUUCCCUAUGGAAUUAGUCGCGUUUGCCGGUUUACAUUGGCUGUUUCCACCCGUGGAGCUGUAAUUGAGACAGAAGAGGAAUACAGUUACAGUCGCUCGGAUGGACAAGUGUAUCCGAUGGAGAAAAGUGGAUAUAAAAUAUAGGGAACGGGAUACUUCCGCUCUUUGGAUGAAAGUUGCGGUUUGAAGGGUCUCAGCUUGGCUUCAACCAUCUGAUGGAAGUCUUCACAGCGUAUGCCUAUAAUGAAAGCUUCUUUGAAAAUGGAUCACGGGACUUCAAUGCCACGGAACAAGGGGGGCGGCACCAGUACAAUUACUAUGCCAUGCUUCUCACGCUGCUCAUUUUUGUCAUUGUCUUCGGCAAUGUGCUGGUGUGCAUGGCCGUGUCAAGGGAGAAAGCCUUGCAGACCACCACCAACUACCUGAUAGUCAGCCUGGCUGUGGCUGAUCUGCUGGUUGCCACGCUUGUUAUGCCAUGGGUGGUUUACCUCGAGGUGGUGGGAGAGUGGCGCUUCAGCACAAUCCACUGUGACAUCUUCGUCCCCCUGGACGUGAUGAUGUGUACAGCCAGCAUACUAAAUCUAUGUGCCAUCAGUAUCGACAGGUACACAGCUGUAGCCAUGCCUAUGUUAUAUAACACACGUUACAGCUCCAAGAGGAGAGUCACCGUCAUGAUUUCUGUCGUCUGGAUUCUGUCUUUUGCUAUAUCAUGUCCACUGCUGUUUGGACUCAACAAUACUGACGAUGCUCUCUGUGUGAUUGCGAAUCCUGCCUUUGUAGUUUACUCCUCCAUUGUGUCCUUCUACUUCCCUUCAUCAUAACUCUGCUAGUUGUACGUGCAGAUCUACGUGGUACUAGUACUGCGCAAAAGACGGAAACGUGGUCAACACCAAACGCACAUGCCCAGUUACAGACAUGAUAUGAGCUCGACCAUAAAGGGAAAUGCACCCAAUCCCGAUGAUGUGAAACUGUGCACUGUGAUCGUCAAGUCCAGUGGGAAUUUCCUUAUUUGGGGCCGUCGUCUUGUUGAGGUCGUAAACAAUGGGGACGACAUCCAGAUGGAUGAGAUCACAAACCGAAACCCUUCGAGACAGAGGAAGCAGGAUCAGUCUGGUGGAAGUCAACAAAACAGCCGGCUGGUUAACUCUAAUCUAAGAGAAACUGACAUAUCACCUCCAUCGCCUGAAGCUGGUGUCAAGCCUGAAAGAAAUGGCAACACCAGCAGUAUCACGAAAGGGGCCAAAGCAUUCGAGAUCCAGGUCUCCCCUACCGGCAAAACUCAGACAUCGGUCAAAACUCUUAACAAACGCAAAAUCUCCCAGCAGAAGGAGAAGAAGGCCACUCAGAUGUUAGCUAUUGUCCUUGGUGUAUUCAUCAUCUGCUGGCUGCCGUUCUUCAUCACACACAUUGUCAACACUUACUGCCAAGUCCCUCCUGAACUCUACACUGCCUUUACAUGGCUGGGCUAUGUGAACAGUGCUGUAAAUCCCAUCAUAUACACCACUUUCAACAUCGAGUUUCGCAAAGCCUUCAUUAAGAUUCUGCACUGUUGAGACGGAACUCACUUCAGUGGAGCAGAAAAGGAUGGAAAUGAUACCUCAUCUGCAGUGGACACAGUGUAAAACUUCACUGGAAGAAUCAUAAACGCAUCCCAUGCGGACUUUGGCCUGGAGGCUACUGUACAUCUCUUGCAUUUCACUGAGAUUAAAACUAAAGGAAUGUAUAUAAAUUGACUGUAUUAUAAAAAAAAUCAUUUUGUUCUAAGAUCAUAUCAUCCAAAAGUAGAAAGAAAAAAAAACCCUGGGGGAGAUGGGGCUUUUUAAUCAGUAUCUUCAGCACAAACAUGUUUGAGAUACUGUACAACUUCAAGCAAUGGCUUUCCUUAUCUGUUUGUCAGUAUUAUGUUUCUAAAUCUGCUCAACAAAAUCCCAAACGGAACUAGAGGAAAACAGCAUACAUACAAUACUGUGUAGGGGUGUAACGGUACACAUGUCACUGUUCAGUAUGUAUCUCGGUUUUGAGGUCACGGUUCAAUACAGGUUUGAUAACACAGGAAUAAGCAGUAAAUCCCCAGUGCUUGCUUUUUUCUGUUUAUUUUGAACAGACAGAAGUGUCACAGUCAGCUACAGAUCUGAAAAGCUACUUCUGAUAUGAAAGUACAAAAUAAGUAGAAUAAUGAAACAUAAAACUUCAUAUAAUUAGGAGACUGUGUAUUGAACUAUUGAAGGAUAAGUUCAACCCUCUCCAAAAAUAACAAAUAGACAUUAAUUGAGCUUUAAAUUUAAGAUUCAAUAAUUUCCUUCGGCUUAGUCUCUAUUUCAGAGGUCGCCACAGUGGAAUAAACCGCCAACUAUUCUGGCAUAUGUUUUUUACGCAGCGGAUGCCCUCCCAGCUGCAACCCAGUACUGGGAAACAACCAUACACACUCAUUCUCUCACACACACUACGGCCACUUAUACAGCAUGUCUUUGUGUUUUGCGACUGUGAGGGAAACCGGAGCACCUGGAGGAAACCCACGUGAACAUGGGGAGAACAUGCAAACUCCACACAGAAAUGCCAACUGGCCCAGCUUGGACUCGAACCAGCAACUUUCUUGCUCUGAGGUGACAGUGCCAACCACUGAGCCACCCCCAAUUGAAGAUUCAAUAAGCUUUAAAUCUGAAAUCUCUUUUAUUGAAAAUGCCAUCAUGGGAUGUCCGUUCAUCAGUUGUUACUGUAUAUCAGCAGCGGGUGC